AUGAGACUAGACAUGCCAUUUAUCAAUUCACUUAUCAAUUCAAUUAUCAAGCCACUUAUCAAUUCACUUAUCAAUUCAUUUAUUAAGCCACUUAUCAAUUCACUUAUCAAUUCAUUUAUCAAGCCACUUAUCAAUUCACUUAUCAAUUCACUUAUCAAUUCACUUAUCAAUUCACUUAUCAAUUCACUUAUCAAUUCAUUUAUCAAGCCAUUUAUCAAUCCAUUUAUCAAGCCACUUAUCAAUUCACUUAUCAAUUCACUUAUCAAUUCACUUAUCAAUCCAUUUAUCAAGCCACUUAUCAAUCCAUUUAUCAAUUCACUUAUCAAUUCACUUAUCAAUCCAUUUAUCAAGCCAUUUAUCAAUCCAUUUAUCAAUCCAUUUAUCAAUCCAUUUAUCAAGCCAUUUAUCAAUCCAUUUAUCAAGCCAUUUAUCAAUCCAUUUAUCAAUCCAUUUAUCAAUCCAUUUAUCAAUCCAUUUAUCAAUCCAUUUAUCAAUCCAUUUAUCAAUCCAUUUAUCAAGCCAUUUAUCAAUCCAUUUAUCAAUCCAUUUACCAAUUCAUUUAUCAAUCCAUUUAUCAAUUCAUUUAUCAAUCCAUUUAUCAAUUCAUUUAUCAAUCCAUUUAUCAAUUCAUUUAUCAAUCCAUUUAUCAAUUCAUUUAUCAAUCCAUUUAUCAAUCCAUUUAUCAAGACAUUUAUCAAUCCAUUUAUCAAGACAUUUAUCAAGACAUUUAUCAAUCCAUUUAUCAAUCCAUUUAUCAAUCCAUUUAUCAAUCCAUUUAUCAAUCCAUUUAUCAAUCCAUUUAUCAAGCCAUUUAUCAAUCCAUUUAUCAAUCCAUUUAUCAAUUCAUUUAUCAAUCCAUUUAUCAAUUCAUUUAUCAAUCCAUUUAUCAAUUCAUUUAUCAAUCCAUUUAUCAAUUCAUUUAUCAAUCCAUUUAUCAAUUCAUUUAUCAAUCCAUUUAUCAAUCCAUUUAUCAAGACAUUUAUCAAGACAUUUAUCAAGACAUUUAUCAAGACAUUUAUCAAUCCAUUUAUCAAUCCAUUUAUCAAUCCAUUUAUCAAUCCAUUUAUCAAUCCAUUUAUCAAUUCACUUAUCAAUCCAUUUAUCAAGACAUUUAUCAAUCCAUUUAUCAAUUCCCUUAUCAAUCCAUUUAUCAAUUCACUUAUCAAUCCAUUUAUCAAUCCAUUUAUCAAUCCAUUUAUCAAUUCACUUAUCAAUCCAUUUAUCAAUUCACUUAUCAAUUCACUUAUCAAGACAUUUACUAAGAAAUGUGUCGAGCGACACAAUAUUAUUUCAAAAACGAGUGUAUACAACAAAAAUAUGUACAAACCUGUAGACCAUUUAUAG